AUGUCCAACGUACACACUAUCAGAUUGAACGACGGAACCAUCGUUCCCACCCUGGCCUUUGGUACCGGCACUGCUCUAUAUUCUAAAGAUUCAACAUCAGCAGUUAGGCAAGCCAUUUCGAAAGCAGGCUACAUUCAUAUCGAUUGUGCCGAAUCCUAUGGCAAUGAGAGUUAUACCGCACAAGCAAUUCAAGAUAGUGGCGUUCCUCGUGAACAGCUCUUUCUUACAUCAAAAUGCUGGACCAGGGAUCCACGAAAGUCACUUGAAAAAACUCUGAGAGAGUUGAAAACAUCCUACGUGGAUUUGUACCUGAUACAUAGCCCUAUCCAAACAUCGAACCUUGCCGAGGCAUGGAAGAUCAUGGAAGAUCUCAAGACAGAAGGCAAAGCACGUUCGAUUGGUGUCUCCAAUUUUAGAGCAAAGGACUUGAAGGCUGUAAUUGAAGUCGCCAAGAUAAUACCGAGCGUCAACCAGAUAGAAUUUCAUCCAUACGUUUUUGCGUCAGUUCAGCCCCUUCUCGAAUUAUGCCGCCAGCAUAAUAUAACUAUCGAAUCCUAUGGCCCACUCACGCCUCUUAUUCGUCACUCUGGAGGGCCAGUGGAUGACCCGGUUAAGAAAGUCGCAGCUCGAAUGGCUAAGGGACCAGAGGCCGGAGCAGUAACGGAGGGCCAGGUGUUGCUCAAGUGGGCACAACAGCGAACGAACGGGGUCGUCAUUACUACCUCCUCUAAACUUGACCGGCUGCUCGAACAAAAGGCCGCAUUGGACUUACCCCCAUUAUCCAACGAGGAACUACGGUCAAUUGAAACUGAGGCUGCCAAGAAACACUAUCGUCACUUUAUGAAACAUAUGGAUGACGCAUAG